AUGUGGAGCUACCAAGAGCUUUGUGAUGAUGACCCACCAAGCAUCACACACGCCAGCUUCAAGGCCUUGGCCUACAAGGAGGGGACCAUGUUAGUCUGUGAUUGCGAGGAUGGCUUCCGCAGACUGAAGCGAGAGUCGUCCUACAUGCGCUGCACGGGAAACUCCAGCCAUUCCUCCUGGGACAGCCAGUGUCGCUGUGCAAGCUCCUCCCCUAGGAACACAAAGAAGCAGGUCACAGCUCAGCCUCGAGACCAGAAAGAAGGAAAAUCCACGGAAAUGCAAAGUCCGAGGCAGCCUGUGGACCCAGCGGACCUUCCAGGUCACUGCAGGGAGCCUCCCUCGUGGGAACACGAAGCCCAGGAGAGAACGUAUCAGUUCGUGGUGGGGCAGACGGUUCACUACCGGUGCGACCAGGGCUACAGGGCCGUCCGGAGGGGUUCUGCCCAGAGCAUCUGCGAAGUGGCCCACGGGAAGACCAGGUGGACCAGGCCCCGGCUCACGUGCCAAGAUGAGACGGAGCCCGAUCAGCUUCCAGGUGAAGAGGAGUUUCCCACAAGCCCCAGUCUUGCUGAGAGUCAGACUUCCCGUGCCAUCACAACAGAUUUUCCAGAGCAGACAGAAGCAGCCACAACCGCGGAGAACAUAUUAACAGCGGACUACCAGGUGGCAGUGGCCGGCUGCGUCUUCCUGUUCGUCAGCGUUCUCCUCCUGAGCGGCCUCACCUGGCAGCGGAGAUGCCUCACUCAGCCCCCAGAGUCCCAGGGAAACGGGAGAGCAGACUGA